CCCAUUACAAACAGUCUAGAAGACGGAGUUGCCUUUGAGGAAGUUUAGGUUUAAGGUUGCCUAAAAAUGAUGCUUAGGGAAGUGGUCUCUCUGCCGUGCAUAAAGCCUUAACCGCUGCCAUAGUGUCACUCAUGAUGUACAGCUUCAUGGGAGGGGGCCUAUUUUGUGCCAUCGUGGGGAACAUCCUGCUGGUGGUCUCCACAGCCACAGACUACUGGAUGCAGUACCGUCUGUCUGGCAGCUUUGCUCAUCAGGGCCUGUGGCGGUACUGCAUGUCUGGAAAGUGCUACAUGCAGACUGACAGCAUCGCCUACUGGAACGCCACUCGAGCCUUCAUGAUCCUCUCUGCCAUGUCAUGCUUUGCUGGCAUCAUCGCAGGAAUCCUCUCCUUCGCCCACUUCUCAGCCUUUGAGAGGUUUAAUCGCUCUUUUGCUGCCGGGAUCAUGUUCUUUGUUUCAACUCUAUUUGUUCUGCUUGCAAUGGCCAUUUACACCGGGGUGACUGUGAACUUCCUGGGCAAGCGCUUCGGUGACUGGCGCUUCUCGUGGUCCUACAUACUAGGCUGGGUGGCACUGCUCAUGACCUUCUUUGCAGGAAUAUUCUACAUGUGUGCCUACAGAAUGCAUGAGUGCAGAAGAGUGGCAGGCCCUCGUUAAAUUCAAGAGGAAAGAAUUUGAAAAGGAUGCAAAGGUUAUCAAGAAUAUCAAUCCCCCUUCAAAAAUAAGAUAAUUUG